AUGUCACCCAUAUCUGAUAUGAUAUUAAGAUCAUCACAAAUAUUGUCAAAAUCUCUGAUUGGACAGAUUUUCAAUCUCGCAGUACCAGCACUGGUGCUUAUAUGUCAACUAUUUACGAGAAUAGCGAUUGCCAAAGAUGAAAUAGAUGAUUGGGACGAGGAAAUCGAAAUAACCGAAGUACCCAUUGAGCCUAUCUAUAUUUUUCAAAAGCCCCUAAUUUUCAUUAUUACUAUUAUUAAAGUAUAUCCAAAACUUGUUUUAUCCGACUUUUACCGUGAAAUGGUAAUGAUCGCGAUGAUUAUUGUAUAUCUUAUUGUUUAUUUCAUUGGCAAACGGGCCAAUGAGGCGAUUGCAGUAAAAUGGAUGGAAAAACAUAUUGUUCUUCUUAGAGAGAAUUUUUCCCUUGUUGGAAAUGAUAAUGGUGGCGUUCUUAUACAGGAUGGUCCAGCUGAAUAUCUUUUCUACUUGAGUGGUCGCAGAAAUUGUCAGUUUAUUCAUGGAAAAAUAACGCUUAAGCCACGACAUGAUAUGCUUCAAACUAUUACAAAUUUGAUCACAUCUCAAUUUAGCAGCAAACCGGUAACAGACACUGUUACUUAUAAUGUAACCAUGAAUGAUGGUGCUUACGAUGACUUUGUUUUCGGUAUCACAAAAAAAGAUCGCGCUUCCGAUCUUCGUCAAUCGCGUUACGAUUUGAAAACUUUUACCAAACAAAGUAACAAUAAUCUUCUCCCAAGCGUUUUUAGUGUUCACAGUGAAUCUGUGGAAAUUACUGAUAGAAUUCUUGAAAGCAAUAAAGUUAUUGAAUUGUUGAAUGCAUCUUCUCAAUAUCUGACGCAUAUAAUAAUUUCUGAUCAAACACGAAUUCGUCCAGAAAAGAUAAUUGAAAAUAAACAAAAGCUUUUUACUGUUAUGCAUGAACUUCCAAAUGACGCAUCAAAAUUUUCUGAUAUUACGAUUAUAGCGGAACUGGUUUUGACAUUGAUUGAUUUGAUUCCUGCUCGAUGUACUUUCAGAGCUGAGAUUAGGCAAAAACUUAACAAAAAUAGAGAAGAAGCUGACAAAGUCAUACAAAAAAAUUUAGCAGCUGAAAGACAAGAAGAAAUUCAGCAAAAAAAGGCUGACAAAAAACGUGCUGAAGCUGAACGUGUAGCUAAAUUGUCUCCCGAAGAACAGCGAAAGUACGAAGAGAAAGAACGAAAGAGAGACGAAAGUGGUAACAGCGAAGCAAGCACCAACGAAUGGCGACACCAAAGACGACCACCCGUGAAAUGGCGGCAAAGAAGACCACCCGUACCAAAGACGACUACCGCAAAUUGCGCACUAAAGAUGACCACCCGUGAAAUGAGUGCACGAAAACUCUUUAAG